UCUGGAAGGCGUAUGUUGCUCUCUCGGUGCUCUGCUACAUCAACCUCCUGAACUACAUGAACUGGUUCAUCAUCUCAGGAGUGCUGCUGGACAUACAGAGGUUUUUUCACAUCAGUGACAGCCAGGCUGGUUUGCUUCAUACAGUCUUCAUUGUCUUCUUGCUGCUGUCUGCACCCGUGUUUGGCUACCUGGGCGACCGGCACAGUCGCAAGGCCGUCUUGAGCUUUGGGAUCCUGCUCUGGUCAGUCACAGGCAUCUCCAGCUCCUUCAUCAUCCACCAGUAUUCCUGGCUCUUCUUCCUGUCCCGGGGAGUCAUGGGCAUUGGCACUGCCAGCUACUCCACAAUCGCACCCACCCUCCUGAGCGACCUCUUCGUGCAGGAACAGCGGACCCGGGUGCUGGGCAUCUUCUACAUAUUUAUCCCUGUUGGAAGUGGUCUGGGCUACAUACUGGGGUCGGGUCUGACGGAGCAGACCGGGGACUGGCGCUGGGCCCUGCGAGUCAUGCCCUGCCUGGGGGCUGUGGCCGUGAUCCUGCUUAUCAUGCUGGUGCCAGACCCACCCCGGGGAGCUGCUGAGAAGCAGGAGGAGGUGGCCACGAGGGCCCCACACAGCAGCUGGUGUCGGGAUGUCAGAGACCUGUGGAGAAACUGGAGUUUUGUGUGGUCAACUCUUGGAGUGACGUGCAUGUCCUUUGUGACUGGCGCUCUGGGCUUCUGGACCCCCAAAUUUCUGCUUGAGGUCCGUGUGGUGCACAGGUUGCAGCUACCCUGCCUCCAGGAGCCGUGCAACAGUGAGGACAGCCUAAUAUUCGGGCUACUGACUAUUGGGACUGGCUUGGUUGGAGUCAUCCUGGGGGCAGAGGUUUCAAGAAGAUUCAAGAAAAUCAACCCAAGGGCUGAGCCGCUCAUCUGUGCCACCAACCUGCUUGCCACAGCUCCCUGUCUCUACCUGGCUCUGGUCCUGGCCCCAGCCAGCCUCUUGGCCACCUAUGUGUUCCUGGCCCUUGGGGAGCUGCUUCUGUCCUGCAACUGGGCAGUGGUUACUGACAUCCUGCUGUCCGUGGUUGUGCCCAGGUGCCGGGGAACAGCAGGGGCACUCCAGCUCACGGUGCUCCACAUCCUGGGAGACGCAGCCAGCCCCUCUCUCAUCGGAUAUAUGUCCAGUGUCCUGCGGGCCAGGCGCCCCGACUCCUACCUGCAGCGCUUCCUCAGCCUUCAGCAGAGCUUUCUGUGCUGCGCCUUUGUCAUCGCCCUGGGUGGCGGCUGUUUCCUGAUCACUGCGCUGCAUCUGGAGAGAGACCAGGCUCAAGCCCAGGCGCCUGGCACAGGGGUCUUGGCCAGCGAGGACAUGGAGCACCAAGGCUUGCUCGCUGGCACGGGUGCCUUCACAGAGAACUCCUGAGACCCCUGCCCUGCACGAGGAGGUCCACUCGCUGUGCCUGCUCCGCCUCUAGUUGU